AAACAAAAUAUUUGAGAAUAUUCACUUUUAUUUUUUUUUAAAAAAUCGAUUUUUUUUUAAAAAAAAAAAAAACGAAAAAGAACAAAAAAAAACGACAAAAAAUACCUUGGCAACCUUCUUAGCCGUCUUCUAUAUUCCAUUGAUUGUUCACAAAAUUUUCACAAAAUUUUCACAUUAUUUCUACCGUGAUUCAUGUCUAUGCUUCAUGUGGUGUUUGGGAAUUGGUUGUAUCUUCAGGUUGGAGUUUUAAUGUUGAUAAAAAGAAAGGGGGAAGGUUACUUGCUUUGGAAUUGAAGUCUUCUCUGGAAGAGUUACAGAAAAUUGUUAUAGAGGAUUUUGGUUUUGAAGAAACAGAUGCUGAUUUGGAGUUGAGUUACCUUCCUAUUGGAUUGAUCAAUUCAUCAAAUUGUCCACCAGUGAUCAUUGGAAACUCAAGGCAAGUUCAAAAUUUUCUAGGGUUUUGUAAGAAGCAUCAGUCAACUCAAUUGUGUGUCAGCUAUAAAGCAAAGCAAGGAAAUCCAAAUAAGAUCGACAUUGAUCUUAAUAAGAUGCCAACUGAUGCAAGUACUAGUGAAGAGAACAAGCGAAAUCCUUGUGACAUUGGGACCGCUUCAAAUACUGUUAAGGGGCUAAGCAUAACGAGAAGAAGAAAGGGAAGAUGAAGCAAAGUGAAGUUGAUGGAGAUGAUUAUGAUGCUGACAAGCAUAACGAGAAGAAGAAAGGAAAAAUGAAGCAAGACGAGGUUGAAGGAGAUGAUGAUGAUGCUGAGAAGAUCAAUGCUGAAAAAGAAAACAGAGAAAAAUUGGCAAAGAGUCAGGUGGUCGAAUUGGUUAAGACGGGAGAUCUUUUCCUCAACAAAACAGUUUUGAAAGCGAGGUUUGAGUUAUGUGCAAUGAAGCAUAACUUUCACUACACAGUUACCAACUCCAAUAAAUCAGUUUGGUGUAUUAGAUGCGCUGAUAAGGUGUGCUUUUGGGGUGCUCGAGCUGAGUGUUUGAAGGGCUCCACAUAUUUUAUUAUUAAGAAGUAUGUCGGUGUACAUUCCUGCGCACCUUCAAACAAAACCAGUGCCGGAAGGACAGCUUCAGCGAAAACGAUAGGCAAUCUGAUAAUGCAUAAAUAUGAAGGUAUCAAGGAAGGGCCUAAAGCGAAAGAUAUUGUUCAGAUUAUGCGCAAUGAUUAUGGAUGUGAGAUCUCUGAAUCUUUAGCAUGGGAUUCCCGUGAAUAUGCAGUCAACGCUGUUAGAGGUAUUCCAGAGGAAAGUUAUGGGAAAAUACCAAAAUAUUUGCACAUGCUGCGAGAGGCCAAUCCGGGUACACAUUCCUCUUACAAGACUGACGUCGAUGGUAGAUUUCGAUAUCUGUUUAUAGCGUUUGGUCAAUCGAUCAGAGGCUUUAACACAGUCAUGAGGCGUGUCAUUGUUGUCGAUGGAACAUUCUUGAAGAGUAAAUUCAAAGGGGUGCUACUGGUUGCAACUGCUAUAGAUGGAAAUUCAAAUUUAUAUCCUAUUGCAUUUGGGAUAGUAGACUCUGAGAAUGAGCAGUCUUGGGAAUGGUUUAUGAGAGAAUUAAAAGUUGUUGUUGCUGAUGAUAAUGGUUUGGCUUUUAUUUCGGAUAGACAAGUGUCAAUAGCGAAGGCAGUGGAGAAAGUGUAUCCCCUAGCGAGACAUGGUAUCUGUAUUCAUCAUUUGUUGAAUAAUGUGAUAUCAUAUUUCAAGGGGAAGGGAUUAGCUGGGUUGAUUUCUAAGGCUUCAAAGGCUUAUAGAGUGGUUGAUUUCAAGAAGACGUUUGCUCAUGUUUGCAAUAUCAGUCCAGCAAUUGGAACGUAUCUUAUGGAAGCAGAUGUCAGAAAGUGGGCUAGAUGUCAAUUUCAUGGAUACAGGUAUGACAUUAGGACAAACAAUCCUGCAGAGUCGAUAAAUUCUGCGUUGCGUUCGCCGAGAGAGUUUCCCGUAAUUCCUUUGUUGGACAGUAUUAGAGAAAUGCUGACACGUUGGUUUUUUAAGCGUAAGAAGUUGAUUUCAAAGCACACCCACCGUUUGACCAUAGAUGUGGAGGAAAAGAUUGAUAGGAGAAUUGGAAAGGGGAAAACUUUCGCAGUUUACCCUGUAACCGAUAGCCAGCUGCUUGUUAAAGGCGAUACAAUUGACUGCUUUGUUGAUUUGGACAAACGGACUUGUUCUUGUGGGAAGUACGACCUCUCGAAAAUCCCUUGUAGACACGCAAUAAAAGCUGGUUUCUUUGUUGGUAGAGAACCAUAUACAUUGACUGAUUUUUUGUAUACCACGGGAGCUUGGAGAGAAGCUUAUCAAGAAAGCAUAAAUCCCAUUUCAGUUCCUGAAGAUGGUUGGUCUGUCCCACAAGUUGUGGAAAAUUCUGAAGUGCUACCGCCUGAGACAAGAAGAUCUCUUGGAAGAAAUAGAAAACGCAGAUAUGAAACUGUUGAAGACAAAAUCCGAUCAUCACAAGGAUCACAGGGGGUCAGUCUCGUAAGUGCAGUAGAUGUGGUCUUGGUGGUCAUAAUAGAGCAACUUGCAAGAUGCCAAUAUAGUGGAUUUGUUUGCUGUGUUCUUCACAAUUUAGUGAAAUUUUAACAAACUUCUUUUGCUUGAUUUCUAGUAACUUUGUUUCUGUUUGUGACAACUUUGUUUCAGUUUUUCAGAUUAUAUUUGCUUGAAUAUUAGUAACUUUGUUUCAGUUUGGGAGGACUUUGUUUAAUCUUCAUGCCGUAUUAACUUGGUUAGGAGAUCUGAUUCAAUCAAUCCCUUAAACAAACUGUGAUGUCCACUAAGUGUGGAUCGAUCGAUCUGUAUAUUGAACGGUCGAUCCAUUGGUCGAUCCUGAUCAAUAUGCAAAACAAACAAAAACACGGACAAUCUUUUGAUCGACCUGGUAUAGUUCUCUCGAUCGGCAAAGCUCGAUCUCGUCCCGACCGAUCGAUCGAAAAUAUGGACCGAUCGAUCGGCAAUAUGGAUCGAUCGGUUGCCCGUUUGGAACGAUCGAUCCCAUACUCUGAUACAUCUUAUUUGAACCGAAUUUAACUCAGCAAAAUAGAGAGAAUAUGAUAAAAACCUCCAUUUAUCCUCUCCUACAUGACUAUACUUAAUAGAAUGAUAACUUACCAUAGGUUAUAUAAUUAAUCAAAGUUAUAAUCCAAACUGGACUAAUAAAACAUGCAAACAAUCGAUUUAUCCUCUCCUGCAUCUUCUUAAAAUCUGAAGGAUGCACAAACACCAAGCAGCGAUCAGGGAAAUUUUCGCCGUCUAGCUCUAUAUCUCGGUCAUCUAAUCGGACCGCUGGCUUCUUCAAUGAUUUUUGAAGUUCCAAUGAAUCUGUUGGCUUCUUCAAUGAUUUAGGAAGUUCCAACCAAUCCAAUGAAUCUUCGACUUUAGCUUGAGAAGGAUUCAAACCUUUCACAAAUGUGUCUAAUGGAAGGUUCUUCAUGCAACUUUCCAAAAACUCUUGUGUACCCAUACGAAGAUCACUAGCUGAUGAUUGAGUAACAUUUGCACGAGGUAAAUUGACACACGAAUCAGCAGUCUUUAACUCUUGGUUUUUUACAGCCUGUUGACAAACACGUACAAUUACAAAUUACACAUACAAGUUUCAUGUUCAAAAUAGAGAAUAGACAUAAACGCCAAGUUUGAAAUCCAUAAUAAACAUACAAACUUCCAAAUACAUAUUACAUUAAAUAUAGUGAUUACAUAAACGACAAGUUUCAAAUACAUAUUACCGCCUCAUUCCAAGUUCUAACAACCUAGCUUCAAAGACCUACAUUCCAUCGCCUAGUUCCAAGCUUUCAACAUCUUUUAACUCUUUCUCUUAGUAGUUACCUUUUUCUUUGUUGGAGCAGUGCCUUUUUUGCUGGUGCUAGGACCACUGUUGAUUUUGGUCAAGCUAGGACCGCUUGCUUGAUCACUCUUUCCCACCAAUUCAGUCACCACUAAACUUGUCCUGAGCUGUGUAACCUCAGCCUCAAUUUUCCCCAAUCUGUCGGUUACAACGGUCUCAAAUUGCUCAGUUCUCUCUGAAGCUGUCCUGAGUUGUGUAACCUCAGUCUCAAUCUUACCCAACCUGUCCGAGAACUGCUGACAGAAUUUCUCCCCAAAAGCAGUAAAAGAAGCUUGUACCAGAUCCUCCAAGAAAUUUUUCAUAUCUGUGUCAAUAUUUCCUUUUGAUGAAGCAGCUAGGUGGCACAAAACAUUCUUUUUCCUUGACUCUGCUCCUCGGUCUGCAUGCUUUCUCUUGUUUCUUCCCGAAACAUCAGCUGUGCCAUCAACAUUCCCUGCAACAUGACUAUUUUCACCUCUCUCAGUAUCAGCUGUUUGAUCCUCUCCUUUCUCUUCGCCAGAUUCCUCAAAUUCAGAGUUCGUAGCUUCUUUUACUCCCCAAACAUGAUUGUUCCAAUCAUGUUUACUAUUGAUCAUAUCUAAAAUACGAUCUACUCUUUCAUCUUUCUUCUCAUCCUUCUGUACAAAAUCAGUUGCCAAAAGGACCACUCCAUCUAUGUGGGAUUCCAUGAAUGAAUGCAAAAUCCCCUACAUCAAUCAAAUCAUUAGUAAAGUGAACAAGAGAAUAAAUACUUUAAUUUGAAAAUAAAUUUGCAUACGUUUUCUGGGAAUAAGUUCUCAACGCCAAUGAUAUCUUCAUAAGAACAUUUUGCACAUCCUCUCCAAUUACCACACAGUGGACCUGUAAAAUUUUUACUGACUUUUGUGCCACAAAUCUCUCCUAAAGCAGGAACAGCUUCCAUUAUCCAAAUUUGGAAACCAAACAAGAAUCCUUCCAUCAGAUACCCCUCUUUCUGCUCUAAUUUAUGCCUUGUUUUAUCAAUUUGCUUCAGAAGGAAAUCAAACGAAUACAGACCCCAUGGGUAAUUCCGAAGCUUCUCCAAAUCCAUCGCCAACUUCAUGUACAGAUGCGGGAUAUUCACCUUCUCAUCCUUUCCCAUCACCACACCCAUAAUAACGCAAAGAUAUAUCAGUCUCACCCUAUCAACCCAAGUCCAGGUAUUGCUCUCUUCCAAAUGCUUCUUUUUUAUGAUCUGCAAAUUUAUUUUUCCAUUCGUCUUUAUCUGCUUGCUCCAAAAACCAUUAUCGUCUUUCCAUGUCACUAGCCCACUGUUAUUCUCUCGCUUCACUUUCAGACCAGUGACAGCAUGAUACUCUUGCAAUCCAAAACGCAGAGGUCUCCUAGCGAAAGUGAACCACUUCUCAUGUCUCUUGCUUGUCAUCAACUCCUUACACAAGAAAGAGUGUACCAACCUCGCCGAAAACUUCAGAUCAUUCUUCUGGAUAACCAUAAUCUGUGAAAAAAUGGGAUCUUUCAUAACUUCAUCGAAUUCUGGUUCCAUUUUUUCUUUUAGCAACUCGAGAAGUUUUAGUCGGCAGCUGUUAUUAAUCUUCUUAACCUGAGGUUCCAAUCCCUCACCGUAUAAACGAUUAGGCAACUCCAACUCCAUACCUGAAAUUUGAAAACAAUACAACAUAUAUCUAUUAAUAACAAAAACCUAAAAUCCCUAAAUCUAUCCCAAAAAUAUGAUUUAAACCAUGAUUGUGUACAAAAUCUUCUCUAAUCAUCACCUUAACACAUGAUUGAAGUCUAAAUAUCUUAACUAACUCAAAAAAUUUACCUUUUACCUUUCUAUUUUCAAACUCUAAAAAGAAGUGGAGAUAGAGUUUCAUACCUUUGCAGAACGAACUAAAGAGUGAUAGAUUCGUAAAAAGCUCACGAAAUCGUAUGAGUUAGGCCAAAUAAUCGUCCAAAUCAGAGAAUUGAGUGAGUUAGGGUUAAUGAACUUUGGGUGAGAAUUUGAUUUUCUCUCCCUUUGUUCGUGAAUGGGAAAUUAAGGGUUUUGUCCCAGAGAAAUCGAGCUUAAAAAGUUGAAAUCAUGCUUGGUCGGUUCAAAUCAAGUGGGAAUCAACCCGGAUAUAAUCAUACAAAACCAAAAAAAUCGAUUUGGGAUUCUUUCCUGGGCACGGGAUCGAUCGAUCUAUUCUUAGUGGAUCGGUCGAUCUGUACGGAAUCGACCUUCGCCGAUCGAGUGAAAUGGACCAGGUCGAUCAGUAUAUAUUUCGCGUUUUUUUUUGUUCUGAAUAAUUAUCGGGAUCGAUCGAUCCACUGUAACUUGUAAAUCUGGAUCGAUCGAUCCCGAUUGUCGAACUCAUUAUUUAUCUUUUUUAAAAAAUUACAAUUUUAAGGGCAUUACUGCCAUUUUCGAAAAAAUUAGUCUAAUAGGACAUAAAGUAGUACAGAUUAGUAUAAAGGGACAUAGUUUCCUUUUUUUUGCUCUAAAAAAACAGAUUUCCCAAAUUUUUUUUAAAAAAAAUUGUGGGUUCUUCGGCUCAAUUACUUGCAAGUAGAACAAAUAAUUUGCGGGUUCUUAGGAUCAAAGCUUCUUCAAACCAAAUACUUUCCAAAAUUAUAUUACAAAGCAAUUAAUUAUUAAAACGUACUCAUCAAAAUGCAUUUAACCACAGAUUUCUCAUAAUCAAAACAAUAACUCCAAAAAUAUUCCUCAAAUCAAAUCACGUUACAAUUUUUUUUAAUCAAAACACUCAUACACAAUAACUCCACAAUAUCAAAACCCUAGCCUACUUUACCUAUAAAACAUAAGUCACGGCAGCCACUAAUAAAAAGAAAAGAAAAACACACUGAAAAUUUCCAAUGGCAAGAGAUAGACCUCUCUUAAUGCUUGAACUAUUGCCAAUAUUUCAUCCAAACAGAAAUAAUGCUUGAACCAUUGUCAUCUCUACACAGGUACCAGAAACUGAUGGACAUCUACCUUUCUGCCAGUAACUUUAUGGUAUAAUAAAGUCGUAACCAUCUCUUCUUUGACUGUCAUUAUGCCUGGAGUAUUUGGGGAACCUUAGCCUCGCGAUGUGGAUUUCAGCCAGAAAGGUCGUGGGAUUGUGUAUUGGGACAACUUCAGGCGCAGAGCAGAAAUUCGUUGACGGGAACUCUGCUUCGUCUCUGCUGGCAGGCUUGCAUCUACUGGACUUGGACAGAGAGAAACGGCCGUUUGCAUCGACAGACUUUCCGGACACCAGAAAGUGUCUCGCGGACCUUAGUGAGGCAGAUCACAGAUAGGAUCUCUUCUCUAAGAGAUUCAAACCCUGCAGUAGCUUCUUCUCUCAUGCAGCAAUGGCUGGCGUAGUCGUUUCCUCCUCCACCCCUACGUUCCUCUGCAUCGUGAUCAUUGCUCCAGAAACCGUUCAAUCUCUAGUUUAAUGGGUUUUUUUAAAAAAAAAAAAGGCUCUUGGUCCUUUAUUGUGUGUCUAACUAACUGGUCUUCUGGGCUCUAAAACACUAGCUUAUGGCUUGUAUUUUUUUAUUUCUCCUGCAUUUUAAUAUGAAAGCUAUGUUCAAAAAAAAAAAAAAUAAUAAUAAUAAUGCUCCAAGUUACCGGCAAAAAGGCAGAGGUCCAUUAUUUUCCGCUACCUGUGUAACAAUGACAAUGAUCGAACGGUUAGGGGAUGGAGAUUAAUGUUUUUAAAGACCAGAGGGCUGUUGGCAGCUCGGGCAAGACGGGGGAAUGCUGACAGGACGUUGCAGACUGCAUCGAUUGAGUAUUUUGCUAGACGGAUAAUUUUCUAGUUGUGACACUUCAUGAAGGCAUGGGUCCGCCCCUGGUUGUAACUUGUAAGUGAAUUGCAUUUUUCUACGUAGAGCUUAUAUUGUCAUAAUGAUCAUCAAUUCUUCUUGUUCUUAAUUAUGCUCUAGGUUGAUGGAUGUGAAGCAAGGAUUGAAAGAACGAAGAAGGCAAAACUGUACUCUACCUUGCUUCCGAGUACGUUUAUACUGACCUCAAGAAAUUCAUCAGAAGCUAUAUAUAUAGGACACAACAUUCCCCAGGACACUGUCAAGGUUUAGAGAUUUUGUCUCUUAUUUUUUCUUUCUUAACUCUCACUCAAAUUAACCACACAUGUUGUACUGCGGAUUUGGAUAGGUGCUGACCACCACGGAUUUCAAACCUACCACUUAGAUUUAUCCAUCUGUUUGGCUAGGUGGCCUGUGUUACGAGUAGAUGUAAAAACAAUGAUUGUUAUUGAGAGAAAUACUGAUUUUACAAGAUAAACCUAAUCACAAAUCCCGCUCUUAUUCACUCAAAUUCUCGAUGCCCCCUCUCUUUAGCAAACAACAGCUUAGAAAGAGUAAGCAGCAAGUGAAAAUGUUAUGUGCUCACGUGAAUGCCACUGCCACCUCAUCCCCUCAUACGUAUCAGCUUGCUUAUCGCCAGUAGGCCCCAAGAGAUCAGUCGGAUGCUCCGGGUUAUUAUCGCCAGUAGGCCCCAAGAGAUCAGUCGGAUGCUCCGGGUUAUCAGGGAAAAAAGAUCUCACUCAGUAAGCUAUAAGAUGUAUUAUUUUGAAAUUUUGAUUGCAGAGCUUGAUGUACCAACUAUGCAAAAGCAUGGCUUUGUGCCAUGGCCAUGGAGUCUUGACACGGGGAUCUUAAGCCUCAGAAUCUCUUGAUGGACCGAAACACAAUGACGCUCAAAAUAGCUGAUCCUUGGAUUAGCCAGAGCCUUCACCCUCCCUAUGAAAAAGUACUACACAUGAGGUAUUAUUAAUUUAUAUGCUAUUUUGAAAUUUUCUAGAGUUCAAGUCCUGUGCAUCCUAUCUUUUGUUUGUCUGGAGUUUUAAAUUCCUAGUUUUUUUUUACUCUCCCUUGAUUUCCAUUGCAACAGAUACUAACUCUAUUCUAUAGAGCUCCUGAAGUCCUUCUUGGAGCAACCCAUUACUCAUCUGCUGUUGAUAUUUGGUCUGUUGGCUGCAUUUUUGGUACAACUACUUCCUCUCUCUCUCUCUCUCUCUUUUAGCUUCAUUCAUUUCACUUGAUCUCUUAUCAGUAAGUCCCUAAACACACACCUGUUAGAGACCUUGAUCGAUUAAUUGAGUCAGUCAGUGUGAAAAGUAAUAUUUCGUUUUAUUUGUGUGUUCUCAACAGAAAAUGCUGAUGUACGAGCCAGCUAAACAUAUCUCAGCAAAGAAGGCUAUGGAGGAGCAUCCUUACUUCGAUGAUCUUCCUCACAAGUCCUCUCUUUGAAGUUUUCUUUAUGAACUCUCAGUAGUAUAAUUUGUUAUUGCUUGUCUCAAGCAUUUAUCUUGCUAACUUAUGAUGAUAAAAUCUUUAAAAAUUUCCCUUUUUAUUGGCUCUCUAUUCCUAGUU